AUGGGUAACUUAAUAAAAGUUCCUGCUGGUGCAAGAACAGCUGACUUUCGUACUCUCGAAAGAGAAAACAGAUUUAUCAAUCCUCCAAAGGAUAAAUCUGCAUACCCAAUGCUAGCAGAAGCCGUCGAACCACAUGUCGGUUCCUUUAAUGCAUUGACUGAAGGUCCAGGUGGUGGUCUAUUGAAUCUUGGUGUUAAGGACAUUGGUGAAAAAAUUAUUUUUGAUGGUAAACCAGAAAGCUCAGAUCCUGAUCAUAUCAAUGACAAAUAUUUAGGUAAUAAACUUUCUGUGAGUGUCGAACAAGUUUCAAUUACAAAACCAAUGUCUAAUGAUGGUGUCUCAGCUGCUGUAGAAAGAAAAGUUUUCCCAACUGAAGCUAGACAAAGAUUAUCUUCUUAUAAAGGUAAAUUAUUAUUAAAAUUGAAAUGGUCUGUAAAUGAUGGUGAGGAAACUUUUACUGAAGUGAGAGAUUGUGGUGGUUUACCAGUCAUGUUACAAACUAAUAGAUGUCAUUUAAACAAUUUAUCACCUUACGAUUUAGUUAAAUAUAAGGAAGAAUCUGAUGAAAUGGGUGGCUAUUUCAUUGUUAACGGUAUUGAAAAAUUGAUUAGAAUGUUAAUUGUUCAACGUAGAAAUCAUCCAAUGGCUAUCAUUAGACCAAGUUUCACUAAUAGAGGUACUUCUUAUACUCAAUAUGGUAUUCAAAUGAGAUCUGUUAGACCAGAUCAAACAUCUCAAACUAAUGUUUUACAUUAUUUAAACGACGGUCAAGUUACUUUCAGAUUCUCUUGGAGAAAAAAUGAAUACUUAAUUCCGGUGGUUAUGAUCUUAAAGGCCCUAUGUGAUACUAGUGAUAGAGAAAUUUUCGAUGGAAUCGUUGGUUCUGACGUCACCAAUUCUUUCUUAACCGAUCGUUUAGAAUUGCUAUUACGUGGGUUCAAGAAACAAUACCCAACUUUACAUAACAGAACUCAAGUCCUACAAUACUUAGGUGAUAAGUUCCGUUUUGUCUUCCAAGCAUCCCCAGAUAAAUCUGAUUACGAAGUCGGUCAAGAAGUAUUGAACCGUAUUGUUCUUGUUCAUUUAGGACAAGAUAAAAAUGAAGAUAAAUCCAAGAUGUUAUUGUUCAUGAUCAGAAAAUUAUAUUCUUUGGUCGCUGGUGAAUGUUCUCCUGAUAAUCCAGAUGCUACUCAACAUCAAGAAGUCUUAUUAGGUGGUUUCUUAUAUGGUAUGAUCAUCAAAGAAAAAAUUGAUGAAUAUUUACAAGGUAUUCAACAACAAAUCAGAACUGAUAUUAAUCGUGGUAUGGCCAUUAACUUCAAGGAUCGUAAAUACAUGUCUAGGGUAUUGAUGAGAAUUAAUGAAAAUAUUGGUUCUAAACUACAAUAUUUCCUAUCAACUGGUAAUUUAGUUUCUCAAUCCGGUCUGGAUUUACAACAAGUCUCCGGUUACACUGUUGUCGCUGAAAAAAUUAACUUUUACCGUUUCAUCUCUCAUUUUAGAAUGGUGCAUAGAGGUUCCUUUUUCGCUCAGCUGAAAACUACUACUGUUAGAAAGUUGUUACCAGAGUCUUGGGGUUUCUUAUGUCCUGUCCAUACACCUGAUGGUUCUCCAUGUGGUCUUCUAAACCAUUUUGCUCACAAGUGUCGUAUUUCAACAAAACAAACAGAUUUAAGUGCAGUCCCAGCUUUACUAUAUUCAUUAGGUGUUUCUCCAGCUUCUCAUACUUUUGCAGCUGGUCCAUCUUUAUGUUGCGUUCAAAUCGAUGGUAAGAUCAUCGGUUGGGUAUCUCACGAACAAGGUAAAAUUAUUGCAGACACUUUAAGAUAUCUAAAGGUUGAAGGUAAGACUCAAGGUUUACCUCUAGAUAUGGAAAUUGGUUAUGUACCACCUUCCACCAAGGGUCAAUACCCUGGUUUAUACUUAUUUGGUGGUCACUCUAGAAUGAUGCGUCCUGUUCGUUACUUACCAUUAGAUAAAGAAGAUAUUGUCGGUCCAUUCGAGCAAGUCUACAUGGAUAUCGCUGUUACCCCACAAGAAAUCGAAAAUGACGUACAUUCUCAUGUAGAAUUCAGUCCAACAAAUAUUCUAUCUAUCUUGGCUAAUUUGACUCCAUAUUCUGAUUUCAACCAAUCACCAAGAAAUAUGUACCAAUGUCAAAUGGGUAAGCAAACUAUGGGUACUCCAGGUGUGGCUUUAGUUAACCGUUCUGAUAAUAAGUUAUAUAGAUUGCAAGGUGGUCAAACUCCAAUCGUCAAGGCAAACCUGUACGAUGAUUACGGUAUGGAUAAUUUCCCUAACGGUACCAAUGCUGUUGUUGCAGUUAUUUCUUAUACCGGUUAUGAUAUGGAUGAUGCGAUGAUUAUCAACAAAUCUGCAGAUGAAAGAGGUUUUGCUUAUGGUUCUAUGUAUAAAGUUGAAAAAAUUGAUUUGUCAAUGAACCGUAACCGUGGUGACCCAAUUUCACAACAUUUCGGUUUCGGUGAUGAUGAAUGGCCAAAGGAAUGGUUAGAUAAGUUAGAUGAUGAUGGGUUACCACACAUUGGUACUUAUUUAGAAGAAGGUGAUCCAAUCUGUGCUUAUUUCGAUGAUACUUUGAAUAAGACUAAGAUUAAGACUUACCACUCAUCUGAACCUGGUUAUAUUGAAGAAGUCAAUUUGAUUGGUGAUGAAUCCAAUAAAUUCCAAGAAUUGCAAACUAUUAGUAUUAAAUAUAGAAUAAGAAGAACCCCACAAAUUGGUGAUAAAUUCUCGUCUAGACAUGGUCAAAAGGGUGUUUGUUCACGUAAAUGGCCAACUAUUGAUAUGCCAUUCAGUGAAAGUGGUAUGCAACCAGAUGUUAUUAUUAACCCUCAUGCUUUCCCAUCACGUAUGACUAUCGGUAUGUUCGUCGAAUCUCUAGCAGGUAAGGCUGGUGCUCUUCACGGUAUUGCUCAAGAUGCUACUCCAUGGAUGUUCAAUGAAGAAGAUACACCAGCUGAUUACUUUGGUGAACAACUGAAACAAGCCGGUUAUAACUAUCACGGUAACGAACCAAUGUAUUCUGGUGCUACUGGUGAAGAAUUAAGAGUUGAUAUUUACAUUGGUGUUGUCUAUUAUCAAAGAUUACGUCAUAUGGUUAACGAUAAGUUCCAAGUACGUUCAACAGGUCCAGUUAAUAGUUUAACUAUGCAACCAGUGAAGGGUAGAAAGAGACACGGUGGUAUCCGUGUAGGUGAAAUGGAAAGGGAUGCCUUGAUUGGUCACGGUACUUCAUUCUUAUUGCAAGAUCGUUUAUUAAACUCUUCUGAUUACACUCAAUCCGCUGUAUGUCGUGAGUGUGGUUCUAUUUUGACUACUCAACAAAGUGUUCCAAGAAUAGGUACGAUGUCUACUGUUUGUUGUCGUCGUUGUGCUGUUACAUUCGAUGAUGCCAAGAAAAUGCUUGCUAAACAUGACGGUGAAGAAUCUAUAUUUAUCGAUGAUUCACAAAUAUGGGAAGAUGGCCAUGGUAACAAAUUCGUCGGUGGUAAUGAUACUACAACUGUUGGUAUACCAUUCGUCUUGAAAUACCUAGAUUCGGAGCUUACAGCUAUGGGUAUCAGAUUGCGUUACAACGUGGAUCCAAAGUAA